CAGACAACACUGCAAGCUGUGCUUUCAGGAGCUGAGUCUUAAAUGCCACUCUGCUUCCUGUCGCUUUGUUCAUUGCUCCUCGGAGAAAGCUUCAGCAGCUCCUCUUGUCGUAGCACUGCCGCUGGCAAAUGUUGACCCUGUGUAAGGUCGCCGAUUCUUUGCUUAUUAGCAACUCUAGAUCAGCCUGCAAUGAGAAUCUCCUUGCCCAAGAGGGAGUGACCUUCUGUAUCAAUGUCUCCAGACAGCAGCCAUUCCCAAACUCUCAGCAAAUCCAAACGCUGCGGGUCCCAGUCUUCGAUGAUCCUUCAGAGGACCUCUAUAAAUAUUUUGAGAGCUGCAGCGAUGCCAUAGAAGGCACAGUCCGGAAUGGUGGGAAGUGCUUAGUGUACUGUAAAAAUGGACGCAGCAGAUCUGCAGCAAUCUGCACGGCUUACUUGAUGAAGCAUCAACAUCUCAGCCUAAAGGAUGCCUUUGAGAUUGUGAAAAUUGCCAGGCCAGUAGCAGAACCCAAUGCAGGAUUUUGGUCUCAGUUACAGAAAUACGAAGAACAUUUACAAAUGCAGCAUCCACUGGUUCCUUCUCAAAAAACAACUUCACAAUAAAUAUACUUUUGUAUCAA